AUGGCGAGAGUGGAUGAGCGGUUGGAUCAAGUGGUCGAUCAGUUGACUGACCGGAUGGCCGACUUGAUCAAUCGUAGGAGGCAGAGACCCAAUGACGGGUAUGGUUCUGAACUUAGUAACCCAUUUGGUGAUGAUUCGACUUCCGAAGACGAACGGGAGGGGCAACCAAGGGGUGAACGUGGAGGGGGUAACAGGCGUUGGGAUUCUGGGAUAAGAGUUGAUAUUCCGGAAUUUGAUGGGUCUAGUUUGAAUCCGGAGGGGUUCAUCGAUUGGUUGGCUACCGUGGAGGAGGUGUUCGAAUACAAGGAGGUGCCUGAAAAUAAGCGGGUGGCCUUGAUCGCUACCAGGUUACGUGGUAGGGCCUCUGCGUGGUGGCAACAAUUGAAAUUAACACGAAACAGGCUCGGGAAGUCAAGGAUCGUGACAUGGACCAAGAUGAAGAAAUGCUUGCGGUGCAACUUUUUGCCUCAUAACUUUCAAAGGUUGAUGUACCAGCGUCUGCAGAAUUUAAAACAGGGGGCUAAAUCGGUUGAUGAUUAUACAACGGAGUUUUACCAGUUGAUUGCGAGGAAUGAUAUUCAAGAACCGGAGGAGCAACUUGUUUCUCGGUAUAUUGGGGGUCUAAGGGUUCAAAUCAUGGAGUCCGUGAAUCUUUUUGAUCCGUUAACCAUUCCUGAGGCACACCAACGGGCGUUGGCCUUUGAGAAGCAAAACCGUCGGUGUAAAAAGGCUGGCAAAAGACACUUGUUUGCUGAGUCUGAGGAUGAACAAUAUGAAGAGUAUGAAAACAAUCCAGUGUACGAUGAAGAAACUGAGUACGAAGAAGAGGUUGUGACCGGUGAUGUUGGGGUGAACUUGGUGGUUAGACGUUCUUGCUAUACACCAAAGGCAGAUGGAGAUGACUGGCUUAAGCAUAACAUCUUCCACUCAACAUGUACUAUUUUGGUAAAGGUUUGCACGUUUGUCAUUGACUCGGGGAGUUGUGACAAUUUGAUUUCUGAAGAGGCGGUUCAAAAGUUGGCCUUGAAGACGGAGAGUCACCCGAAACCUUAUAAGCUUCAAUGGCUUAAAAAGGGAGGUGAAGUGACGAUCACUCUUGUUCCUAGCAAGCCUAAGCAGUUAGCCACAAAACAGUCGGGUACUCUGUUGACCAUUAGUCAGUUCCAGGAUGAGUUGGAGGAAGCAGACAAUGUUUUUAUUCUGAUUGGGAAGCCGGUGCCCGAGGAAGUCGAAAUUCCUGAUUGUAUGGUUCCGUUGUUUGAGGAGUUUGUUGAUGUUUUCCCAGAUGAUUUACCUGCUGGGUUACCACCCCUACGAGACAUCCAACAUCACAUUGAUUUGGAACCGGGGUCCCAACUACCCAAUAAGCCCCAUUACAGGAUGAGCCCAAAAGAACAUGAGGAAUUACGUCGGCAGGUUGAAGACUUAAUUUCUAAAGGUUAUGUUCGGGAAAGCAUGAGUCCUUGUGUUGUUCCUGCUCUGUUGACUCCAAAGAAGGAUGGGACAUGGCGUAUGUGUGUUGACAGUCGUGCAGUCAACAAUAUCACUGUAAGGUACCGAUUUCCGAUUCCCCGACUUGAUGAUUUACUUGAUCAAAUUAGCGGUGCCACUAUUUUCACGAAACUAGACUUGAAGAGCGGGUAUUACCAGAUCUGA